CACUGUCGUCAGCAAUUCCAUUGACUGAUCAGUAAAAAAGACAUUGGCAGUGCUACAUAUUUUCUUGUUGCCGAAAUUGUAAUAUUGUAAUAGUUUGAAGGCGCCGGAUAGAAUCGUUAGUUAUUCGUCAAAGCGGUGUAAUGGAGCGCGUGCGGAGGCGCUCACGUUCAUGUCGUUGCCCAUAUAAAGAUAUAUGGGGAUGAGAACUUGUUUUGGAAUUGUUUUAUUUAGUAUGAGCCACGCUAUACGGCGUGUUGCACAGCUUGCUGUUUGUUCUGAUGAUUCUAGCCACGAAUCUAGUCACGUUAAUAUGAAUAACGUUAAUAUGAGAUUCAAGUUGAAUCAUAGUUGCUGAACGAAAAUUAUCCAAGUAGUCCGAAUCAAACCCAUCAUUAUCGUUCCGGGAAAUGUUUGUUCUUUUUUUUUAAAAAAAAUUCACAAGUUUCAUUUAUAAUCAUGUCUUUAGGUUUUAGUGUAUAGUGAACAUCAUGACGAAUAAGUAGUGAUCAAAAUUUGAAAUUCCUAGUAUUUGAAUAGUAAUUUGUAUCUAAAAUUUUUGUAACGGUGUUUUUGAAAUGCUAAAGGAGUGCUAUGCAAAUGAGGGAUCUGCCGUUCGUGAGGUAGUGGACGGAACAGCAUGUGAAGACUGUCGGGACUCCUGUCCCGGCUUUGUUGCACAUCCUUGGCGAAAAACGUGUAAAGCAUGCAAAUGUCCACGAGAAUCUCAUGCCUUGUAUCACGAAGAAUGGGUUUCAGUCCGUGAUAGGUUAGGAUUUAAACCUAGCGGAGAUCAAAAUAACAUUCAAUUGAGAAGUAGCGCGCGGGAGCUAGGAUACAGCUGGGUGCCUCCUGGUUUAACAAGAGAAAAGGUUGAUGUUUAUUUCAAACAAUUGCCGACUGAGAAUAUUCCUCUGCUUGACUCAGUGGGAGAACGCAACCGGGACAAAGAACUUUCCAGGCAACUACCGAAGCAAGAUUUGGCAUUUUCGUACUGUAAACAUGUAGAACCUCAACAUCGGGUUAGCUACGAGGAUUUUAUAGCGGCAAGAAAUGAAAUUGCAUUAGACAUAGGACAAGUCCUUGAAACGACGCAAACCACCGACUGCAAAGGUUGUUCAUCACCUAUCGCGGCAAACUCGUUAGCCGUAUCCGCGUCUAAACUAGGAAUAAAUACAUUUUGGCAUCCUAAAUGUUUUACGUGUGUGGUUUGUCGUGUCCCGCUGGUUGAUUUAACUUACUGCGCACGAGAAGGCGACGUUUACUGCGAAAGACACUACGCGGAAACUCUAAAACCCCGCUGUAUAGGCUGUGAUGAGUUGAUUUUUAGUGGCGAGUACACCAAGGCCAUGAACAAGGACUGGCACUCUGGUCACUUCUGCUGCUGGCAAUGCGACGAGUCACUGACCGGCCAACGCUACGUACUCCGCGACGAACAUCCUUACUGCAUCAAGUGCUACGAGAGCGUCUUUUCCAACACCUGCGAGGAAUGCAGCAAGAUCAUUGGCAUUGAUUCCAAGGACUUAUCUUACAAAGAAAAGCAUUGGCAUGAGGCAUGUUUCUUGUGCAGUAAAUGCCGCGUAUCUCUCGUCGAUAAACAGUUCGGAAGUAAAUUGGACAAAAUCUACUGUGGAAACUGCUAUGAUGCCCAAUUCGCUUCCAGGUGUGAUGGUUGCGGCGAAAUCUUCCGUGCGGGUACUAAAAAAAUGGAGUACAAAACUCGUCAAUGGCAUGAAAAGUGUUUCUGCUGCUGUGUGUGCAAGACUGCUAUCGGAACCAAAAGCUUUAUUCCUCGUGAGCAGGAAAUCUAUUGCGCAGGCUGCUAUGAGGAGAAGUUCGCCACCAGAUGCAUUAAAUGCAAUAAGAUUAUCACUUCUGGCGGUGUAACUUACAAGAACGAACCAUGGCAUCGUGAGUGCUUCACUUGCACCAACUGUUCAGCCUCUUUGGCUGGUCAGCGAUUCACCAGCAGGGAUGAAAAGCCGUACUGUGCUGAAUGUUUCGGUGAAUUGUUUGCUAAGAGAUGCACGGCUUGCACCAAACCCAUUACAGGAAUUGGUGGCACUCGCUUCAUCUCGUUUGAAGAUCGCCAUUGGCACAAUGACUGCUUCACCUGCGCGUCAUGCAAAGCUUCUCUAGUCGGCCGUGGCUUCAUCACAGACGGCGCCGACAUUAUAUGCCCGGACUGCGCCAAAAACAGGGCUUAAACGCGAAUUAAUUCAUUACGAAUGAUAUUUAUUCUACAAAAUAGAACGCACAUCUCAAGGCAACAUUCGUAGUAAUACAACGAUCAAAAUUCAAAUAUAGAAAAAAACUAUUUUUUUACUUGGAAUUUUCAAAUUUGACGUAACAUUUUAUUUUUAAAUAGGAAUGCUCUAAAAAAAUGCUUAACACAUAUAUUUGACUAAU